CACUUUCUCUCAACACACUCUUCUCUUCUUUCUAUAUAAUGCCAGCAAAUUCCUUACACAUCAAAGCAUUUUCCUUCCUCUAAUCCCCAACGGUUACCUUUUCUCUUCUCAAUCCCCCACUAUAUAUAUAUAUAUAUAAGUAGAUACACCUUUCACUCACUCUCUCUUUCAGUUCAUAAUCUUUUUCAGACAUCAUUUGAAAUGGCGUUUCUGGGUCUUUUGUUUUCGAUGAUUCCUACGCUACUUCUUGUUGCGACAUCAUCAUCAUCAAAGUUUCAAGCUGAGGCAAGGCAGUAUGAUGUUGGUGAAAGAGAUGGGUGGGUGGCCAAGCCUUCCGAGGACUACGACCACUGGGCUCAGAGGAACAGGUUUCAAGUCAACGAUACUCUCCAUUUCAAGUACAACAAAGGCAUAGAUUCAGUUGUGGUGGUGAAGAAGGAGGAUUUCGAUUCAUGCAACAUCAACAACCCCAUUCAGAAAAUGGACGAUGGUGAUUCAAUUUUCCCACUUUCUCAUUCGGGUCUCUUUUAUUUCGUAAGUGGCAACCUUGACAACUGCAAAAUCGGUCAAAAACUCAUUGUUCUUGUCAUGGCUGUGAGACAACAACCCCAUGCUGUGACUGCGCCGCCACCUACAAGCACCCUGCCGCCGCAGACUGUUCCGGCAACGGGGUUGACCUCUCCGGCGCCGCCCCCGUCGGAUAAAUCGGGCUCAGGGAGGGUUGGUGCGGGUUUGGGAGUUUUGGUUGGUUUUGUGUUGGUUGGGUUUAUAGGGUUGGCUUAGUUUGUUGGUGUGGCUAAUGGGUGAGACUUAUGGUUUGAACUAAUGGUCAAAAAUAAUUAUUGUUUCGACAUGAUUUCUACUUUGUGUGGGUGUUUUGUUUCAUCUGAUUUCAACAUUUUUUUUUUCUUUUUCUUUAGGAUUCUAGUUUGUUUUUAUUUUUUUCUUCAUGUAAUGUGGUCGAAUGAUGAUCCAUGAACUCAUAAAAUUCAUAGACCAUGUAUUUGUAAUUUAUAUAUGUAAUUGUUUACACCUUUUUCUCUA